AUGGAAGUAGAUCUCUGCUCUCACCUAAAGUUCAAUGGUGAAACGUUCUACUGGGACAGCACAAUAACUGAUUUAAAGGUUUUUGUGUCAUGCGAUUUAAAACUUACGGGAAGAUGGUUAUCACCUGGUGGCGAAGUCAAAACAUUUACUAGUGAUACACUAGUCCUAAAAUGGCAUGGUAAGACCAACAAAUGGAUAACGUUAUCUGGAAGUUCGACUGAGGUAAGCGAACUAUCUCAGACACUUCAAUCAUUGUGCAAGAAAGCCGAAGAAAACCAAGCCGCCAUUGUUGAAAUUCAUCAGACCCUGCCGACUAAUAACGGUAAAGAAAAACCGAGUGUUCAUCUUGCCGCACCUACCGAAAACCAAACCGAAUAUUCUGUACGAUCUAAUAAUGAUGACAAGUCCUAUGAAGAUAAUUUUGCUAGCAUCGAGAAUCAACUUAAAACCCUGGAGUCAAAAUUUUUGGACAAAACGCUAAGUAUUGCUAAUGAUUUAAACAAUCUAAAAAAAUACUGCUUAAACAAUGAAGUUGAAGGUAUGAAUAUAUUAAGACAAGAGAACGCAAGUCUUAAAGUAGAAAACGAAGCCUUAAAGGAUAGCCUAUAUACGGCCAAAUUUGCUUUAUCUGAUUUGAAUACGAAAGUUAAAGAUCUCGAACAUGAAAAAGCUAGCUUAACUACGACGUUGAAGAUCUUAUAUAUGGAUUUUCAUCAAGCCCAUGAAGCUCACUUCAAACAACAAGAUCCGCCCAUUGUAGUUAAUAACAAUAACCAUGCAAAUGAUAAAUCACCGAGUUCAAUAGCUGAGAGAGAUGUUGGUAAUUGCUUAAGUCAUACAGCUGAUGAAACUAUCCCUAUUCCUGAUGACCAGCCUGAUACUGAUAACAAAGUCUGCCCAACAGCGCAAAAAAGACCUAAGUCUGGUAAAGUGAAAGCCAAGCCUAAAUCUCAGAAAGAUAAUGAAAUAAAUCAGGUCGAGCAGCAGUCAUCAAAGCAAAAUUCAAAUGCUCAACACAGCGAUAAAAGUCAGUCACCCAAGAAAAAGUCACUGCCGUACUCGGGGACUCGAUUAUUAAAAAUCUUCAAGGCUGGCGACUUUCAGAUGACAAUAAUCACGUUGUAG